CAUUCUACUCUAGUUAUUCUGACUGACUGGCUGGCCGGCUGCUAUAACUACGAUCAUUCCGAUCAUUCGCAGCAGUUAAGGUCGUCUGAGUAGAAGUAUAUUUUUAAUUUCAUUUAUUAUUUUCUUAUUUUUUUCAUACGGGAAAGAAAACAAAAGUUUUAUUCAGCUGAGUUCUGUGCACUUUUGUUUAGUUCAGCUGACUAGUAUAAACAUAUUUACUUUAGCUGUUAUAUUUCUUGUAUUAAAUAAUUACAGUUAAACUUUCGUUUACUUUUUUAAUUAAAAAAAGUUUUAAAUAUAACUGUCUAUUGCGGGCAUAGAAUCGUUCGUCAUUGAUUCAACUAAUCAUCUUUCGAACACGUGAGAGUGGCCGGAGGAGCGGCAGAGUGUUGGAGAAAAAAAUCUCAACUUAACAGAGGAUCAAUUUCAUCCAUCAACAAUAAUUUGUAAAAAAAAGAUUAAAAUAUUGCGGUUUUUGUUAAACGUAGUGCUUUUGAAGUGUUUUCACAAAAUUUGAAAAAAGUAAACAAAACAACAUCAACAACAUCAACUGAAAAGAAAAUGUUUACUUCGUCGCAUUUGUUAAUGUAAAUGCUGGUUCCUGUAAAAUCAUCUCUAAAAUUCUUCUACUACUGAGAAGAUAUUGUGAUAAAUACGUCAUUUGUUUCUUAUUUAUUUUAUUUCAAUCAGUAGAUAAAUUAAAAAGACAAUAAAAAUGACUAGUGUACAAGCUCGAACUGUUUUAUGGUAUUUGACAUUUGUGGGAUUUGCUGUCAAUUACAUGAUCCGCAUAAAUCUCAAUAUAACCAUUGUUGAAAUGGUAGUGACCAGCGGUAAAUCGUUAAAACAACCGGUGGCGUUAUCAAACGAUGAUACAAUAUUAGCAGCCGUUAAUGGCAGUAAGUUGUUGACACAUACUGAUGAUAACAAUCGGAGCACUGUAGCUCCUGGUCUUGUACAUAAAGGCAGUAAAUAUUCUUUAGAGAAACAUCUAUUCAAUUUGACAAAUAUUGAGUAUGAAAGUGAGGGUUUCCACUGGAAUGAAUAUCAACAGGGUUUGGUGUUGGGUUCAUUUUUCUGGGCCCAUUGGAUUACUCAAAUACCGGGUGGUAUUUUGGCCAAAAAAUAUGGCACCAAAUUGGUAUUUGGCCUUUCGAAUGCCAUUGGUUGUUGGAUGUGCUUUUUAAUGCCCAUGGCUUCGUAUUGGGAUUAUAGAGCUUUGAUUUGGUUGCGUAUUAUACAAGGUCUAAUAACAGGUUUGGCUUGGCCGGCCAUGCAUGUUCUAACCGCCAAAUGGAUACCCCCCAAUGAGAGAAGUAAAUUUGUUACUGCCUAUUUGGGUAGUUCUGUGGGCAUAGCAUUGUUUUAUCCCCUUUUCGGUUAUAUGAUGCAUUGGGCUUCUUGGGAAUGGGUGUAUCAUGUUUGUGGUAUUUUGGGCACAUGUUGGUGGUUGGGUUGGCUAUUUUUCGUAUACGAUAGUCCAGCUCAACAUCCACGUAUAAGCGAUACAGAAUUGAGAUAUAUAGAAAAGAGUCUAGGAUCUUCGGUUCAAACAACAAAUGCACAAGCUCAAGGUACACCCUGGAGGUCGAUUUUAACAUCAAGACCAGUCUGGAUGAAUGUCAUAGCACAAUGGGGUGGCAUUUGGGGUCUUUUUACACUAAUGACACAAGCUCCCACUUACUUUAGAGUUAUACAUAAUUGGAAUAUUAGAGCGACUGGAGUACUCUCAGGUUUACCACACUUAAUGCGCAUGCUGUUUGCCUAUGGUUUCUCGCUAUUUGCCGAUUAUUUAUUGAAAUCGAAUAAAAUGAGUCGCACAAAUUUAAGAAAAUUGGCCACAGCUAUAUGUUGUAUUGUAAAGGGUCUAGUUGUGGUUGCCUUGGCCUAUUUUGGUCAUAAUUCUACAGCUGCCAUUAUAUUUUUAACCGUAGCCACCAUGUUUCAUGGAGCUGUUUCCUCCGGACCCUUAGCCUCUAUAGUGGACAUAGCACCCAACUAUGCUGGCAUUGUUUUGGGCAUAAGUGGCAUGAUUGGUGUGCUGCCCGGUUUUAUAUCGCCUUAUAUAGUGGGAAUUUUAACUUUAGGAAAUCAAACGUUUGAAUCUUGGAAGCAUGUCUUCCUUAUAUCAGCUACCAUGUUAAUUGGUGCUGGUGUUUUGUAUGUGUGUUUUGCUGACUCAACUCUACAAGACUGGAAUGGUCAUUCACCUAAAUCGACCGAUAAGGAAUUGCAAUUGUUAAAUGAAGAAAUUAUGCACAAAGAACCUGAAAAGAAGCCACUAGAAGAAGAAAGUAAAAAAGCUCUUAAGAAAUAAGCAAAACAUACAAGUCUACAAAUUGCCUACACCCUUUUUUAUUAACGGUUAAUUUGGCCUAUUAACUUUAAAUUUGUAUUUUAUUUUAUAUAGUAGUUAUACAUUAUAAUUUAAAUAUUUGUUUUUUUGUUUUGUUUGACAUCUUUUAGCUAAUAUUUGUUGAAGAUGAUAAUAAUAUAGUCAACUGUUAAGGUCCAAUGUGAUAUAUAGAAAUGUACAUUUUAUAUACAUAUUUACUUAAGAAAGUGAGAGAAGAAAGAAAAAAAUGUCAUAGUCAUUCCUACACAAUACUAACGAAUUUAAAAUAAAGAUUUAUUAAAUACUA